CUCCGCUCCCCAUGGGGCACAACACGAUUUGAAGGAUCAUACAGAAAUUUGGGCAACAUGGCGUCGAUGCGACAUUGGCGGGGGAAAAGUUUAAAAGGCAACGACACCCAGGCUUUGGAAGACUGUUGAAGAUCUUGCCACACUCUACAUCACCUUUCUUUCCUGAGGUCUCAAGGAACUAUUCAUCAUGGCCGAGAUACUUACCAACACGACACCUGCUGAUGGCGAUGCUGCCUCCAAGAAGGGUGUUUGGGCUCUGUUGAAGGAGAACCCGUAUCUUCUUGGACUCUCUGCAUUCGCGUCAUUGGGUGGCUUCCUCUUUGGCUAUGACCAAGGCGUCGUCUCGGGCGUCCUGACCAUGGAGUCCUUCGCGGCUACAUUCCCGCGUAUCGCUACAGACAGCGGCUUCAAGGGCUGGUUCGUGGCCACUUUGCUCCUGUUUGCUUGGGCUGGAUCACUGGUCAACGGCCCUGUCGCGGACCGAUUCGGUCGCAAGGGCGACAUGCUCAUCGCCGUGGUUGUCUUUGUCAUUGGUUCCGCUCUCCAGACUGGCGCCGUCUCGAUAGUGAUGCUCUUUAUCGGGCGAGCCAUCGCUGGGUUCGCUGUUGGCAUGCUGACCAUGGUUGUACCCAUGUACAUGUCAGAAGUCUCCAUGCCUGGCAUCCGCGGUACCCUGGUUGUGCUGCAGCAGCUCAGCAUCACUCUUGGUAUUCUCAUCAGCUACUGGCUCGAGUAUGGCACCCAGUACAUUGGUGGCGUUCGCUGCGCACCCGACAUCCCUUACACCGGCGGUACUGAGGGUGCUCGCACUUUCGACCCGCGCAACGAUGUUGGGCCCAAUGGCUGCACCGGCCAGUCCGAGGCUUCCUGGCGCGUUCCCUUUGCUGUGCAGAUCAUCCCUGCGCUGAUCCUGGGAAUUGGCAUGCUCUGGUUCCCCGAGUCACCUCGUUACUUCCUCAUGCGCCAACAGGAAGACAAGGCUCUCGAGGCCCUCGCUCAAUUGCGUCGCGUCCACCCCGACACUGACUCCCUUCGCUUUGAGUACCUUGCGAUCAAGGCCGAGGUCAUCUUUGACGAGUCGCUGACCCGUGACAACUUCCCUGGCCAGUCGGGUGUCAAGCUCUUCUUCUCGCAGUACUUUGCUCUGUUCACGAACAAGCCGACGUUCUUCCGUCUUUUGAUUGGAUCUGGGACCAUGUUCCUCCAACAGUUUAUGGGAUGCAAUGCCAUCAUUUACUACGCGCCUACCAUGUUCCGCCAGCUUGGUCUCUCGGGCAAGACGUCAGGUCUGUUGGCGACUGGUGUCUACGGUGUCAUUAACACGCUGUCGACCCUCCCGGCCGUAUUCUUCAUCGACCGGGUCGGCAGGAAGCCACUCAUGAUGUGCGGUGCCGCCGGUACCUUCAUCUCCCUCGUCAUUGUCGGUGGCAUCAUCGGCGGGUACGGCGACACCCUUGUCAACCACAAGGCUGCUGGAUGGGUCGGCAUUGUCUUCAUCUACGUCUACGAUGUCAACUUUUCCUACUCGUUCGCGCCCAUUGGCUGGGUCCUGCCCUCUGAGAUUUUCAACCUGGGCAGCCGAUCCAAGGCCAUGGCCAUCACGACCUCUGCUACGUGGAUGUGCAACUUCAUCAUCGGCCUCGUCACCCCAGACAUGCUCGAGACACUCGGUUGGGGUACCUACAUUUUCUUCGCCGCCUUCUGUCUGAUUGCCUUCUUCUUCACCUACUUCUUUGUCCCAGAGACCAAGGGCAAGAGUCUCGAGGAGAUGGACGCCGUCUUUGGGGACACGGCUGCGCACGAGGAGAAGGCCAGGCUGGCGGAGAUUGCGGCCAGCAUGGGUUUGACGGAUUCUCUGCCUACGGAGAAGAUUGACCAGGCAAGGGGGCAGGCCGACCACGCUGAGGUCUAGGGUCUAGGCGGUGGAGAUAUUCGGCGGGAUGUGUGCGGUGAUUUACUACCAUGGCCAGCUUGGUCGUGUCGAGGCCGCUCAUGUAUUCGUUAGCCAGGUCUUGUGCUUUCAGACAGAAUCAAAUGAUCGUCUAAAGAUGUUUACGUGAUAUUCCUGGACUCCUUGUUCUCUUAUGGUUGCUUCGAAGUUUAGUGCUAGGGCAUUGGCGGUCGAGGGGUUCGCGUCGAAAGUGCGAGGCAAACAUCUGCUCUUGUACGUUGUGUGGAGUUCCUUGUUCUCCUGCGCAUUUUUUGUAUAAGCCGAUAUGAAGCUUCUUCGUUUCGAGUUGCGAAUGGCCCCGGAGAACUUGAGUGGGGGUCGAGGUCUUCGGCGAGCGCACAGCCUACAGUGUUAACAGGAUAGCUUAGUUUUGAGAUCAGGAUAUGGCUCCUUCUUCCGUUCGAGUCUG